AUGGCGUCGGCGCCCGUGGCCCAGACGCCCGAGCCCCAGGAGGCGUCCGACGGCGAGCGGGCGUCGCUCAAGGAGAAGAAGCUGCGCCUGAGCCAGCGCUGGGAGGCCGUCGUCCGGAGCGACGACGCCAAGGCGGACCAGCGCCGCCGGUCGUCGCGCCUCGUCGUCACCUCCGCGGCGCGCCAGGGCGUCAAGGAGGUCGCGAGCGGCUUCGGCACGCUGGGCCCGCCGCCGCGCUGGCUCAAGCCCCUCGUCGAGGCCGGCGCGAACUGCGACGAGCUCGUCGCCGCCCUCGAGGCCCACGACCGCGAACUCGCGAGCACGCCGACGAAGGCGCGCGACGCCGAGGACGAGGCGCGCGGCGCGACGUGGCUCGCGGGCCUCCGGUCCGCGGCCCUCGAGACGGGCCGCGCCGAGGCCGAGUUCGGCGACGUCGUCGUGUCCGUGCGGCGGCGGCGCCGCGGCGGCUCCGCGCCGCCGGGCGCCGCCGGCGGCUCGCGGCCGCCGACGCCGCCGACGCCGCCCAAGGCCCUCGACUUCUCCGCCGCCGUGCGCGAGGAGGACGCGCCGCCCGCCGUGACGCCCGAGUCGGCGUCCCGGGGCGCGGCGCCGGACCCGCCGGACGCGGUGACGCCCGAGCCCGCGGCCGCGGACGACAACGCCGCCCCCGCGGCCGCGCCGGCGGCGGCGGCGGACGAGGGCGCGCCGGCGGAGGCCGACGACGACCUCGCCGGCGCCUGGGACGACGUCGCGGCGGGCGACGCGUGGGCCGGCCGCCUCACGCCGUCCUUCGACGACGGCGACGCGGACGACGACGCGACGGACGCGGAGCCGGAGCGGCCGGCGACGCCGCCGACGGGCCUCGCGUCGCCCGCGCCGCCCGCGGACGAAGCGGUGUCGCCCCGGGGGCCCGGCCGCCUCCUCCAAUGCUGGAUGGGCUGCGGCGGCCCCUUCGACUUCCUCAAGCGCGGCAGCCCGACGCCGACGCGGGGCGCCACGCCCGCCUCGCGCGCAAGCACGCCGCCCGUCGACUACGACGCCGGCGCCGUCGCCGACCACUGGAGCUGA